AUGGUUGGUUCCACGGUUAUGCUGUGCCUGGCAAAGUCGGUGGCAUUGCUCGUCUUGGGACGCAUCUUCGCAGGGUUGAGUGCAUCCAUUGUGUGGACCGUAGGAUUAGCUCUAUUAGUCGACACCGUUGGACAAGCCGAAAUUGGUGAAACAUUAGGUUACGUGAGCUUGAGCAUGAGUAUGGGGAUUCUAGUCGCUCCUUUGCUGGGAGGCGCUGUGUAUGAAAAAGCUGGAUAUUACGCAGUUUUCUAUAUGUCUUUUGGAUUAUUGGUCCUGGAUAUUAUUCUUCGUUUGGUAUUGGUAGAGAAAAAACUCGCUCGCCAGUGGCUGGACGAUGAAACAGUCACCGAUUCUGGAACCAGCUCCGACUCCCAAAAUUCGCCUGCGGGUAAUGAAAACGUAGCUGACACAAGGAAUGUGAACCAUACUACCACGGACGAGGAGAAGGUAACACAAAGUGAGCCUUCAGGUACUACAGCAGCUGCGCCCACUGUUCCCCACAAGAUCAGUAAGUGGCCUGCAAUUUUCUCUCUCCUGAAAUCUAAACGGCUCUGUGCUGCACUGUGGGGUUGUAUAGUUCAAGCAUCUCUCAUGUCAUCAUUUGACAGUGUCAUUCCUCUUUUCGUCCAAGAGACUUUUCACUGGGAUUCCAUUGGAGCAGGAUUGAUCUUUCUCGCUCUCAUGGUACCCAGUUUCGCCGCACCAGUUAUUGGGUGGGUAUGCGAUCAGUACGGCCCACGCUGGCCAUGCGUAGCGGGUUUCUGUUUCGCAAUCCCCUUUUGGGUUCUCCUGCGUCUCGUUACGCAUGAUUCCUUAAACCAGAAAGUUCUUCUCUGCGCAUUACUAGCUCUCAUUGGUGUCUCCUUGACCUGUGUCCUUCCAGGGCUGACGGCUGAGAUUUCCUAUAUUGUCGAAGCAAAGGAGAAGCAAAUACCCGGCCGAUUUGGAAAGAACGGAGCAUAUGCACAAGCAUACGGUCUUUUUACCGCUGCUUUUGCAGCCGGUACUCUCAUCGGCCCAAUCUGGGCAGGUUAUGUAAAAGACUAUGCAGGAUGGGGUACCAUGACCUGGUCAUUGGGACUAUUCAGUUUCGCCGGCGCUCUGCCAUGUUUAAUCUACACUGGGGGUUUAAUAACCGAGGUCAAUGCCAAGACCGCAGAGGAAAGGGCAGUUAAUCCUCAAUCAAGGGCGAUCAAUGGCCCUCUUGCUGCAACGAGGGAUGCAGAGGAUAUUGUAUGA